AUGGCCAUGGACAACACUACGCUCCACACCUUCCUCUUUCACUGCCCAGCUGCACUGCGCAGUGUAGUCUUACUCGGAUCUUGGGACAACUUUCUGCGACCCUAUCCAUUAGAACUUGACGUACGCGGGGGCCGAAAUCUCUGGAAAGGUUGCUUUACCUUUUUAGAUAUUAUUUGCGACGGCGAUCUGGACCAACAUACUCCAAGGCGGGACGGACCUCUGAAGAUGGGUGGCACCUACUGGUACUACUACAAAGUAGAUGAGGAUGAAGAAUGCCACAAUCCGUCUGAGGAAUCAACGACGUUUUGUCCUCUUCUGCCCGGACAGCGCCUUAACGUCCUGGAUGUACCUCGCGAGGGGCACAGCCGUAGUGCCUCUGAUACCUCCUCCGCUUUCACCCGGGAUCCCAAAGAUAGGUCUAGUGAAGAAUCACAUGUCAUGCCCCUACCAUCGCCUUGGACUCCAAAAUCGGCGACGCAUCCCCCUGCAGAUGGCUUCCUGUCUCCACAUGUAGUGCGCCAUGCUCGAAGUGCAUCAGCAUCGCCUUAUAUGCCAUCGACACCUAUCUUCCCGGACUUCAAGCUUUUGAAGGAGAAGCUUGCAUCGAAGCGAUCUGCAUCAAGAAAUCACAGUGCAUCCAAGACCAGGGAGCUAGACAUCAGUGCGCCGGUGCUUGUUAGUGGGGGCGAGGAGCUCAACCUCAUUCCAUUAUCAAUUUACCGACCGUCAUUUGAAUCUAUCAGAGAAGCUGAGGGUGCGGCACCGCGUUCAGUGCCAAAUAUCCGAAGGGAGUUCUCUCCGUUGACGUCGCAUCCGGUGGAUCUUGAUCAUGAUUCACUAUUCGGGCCUGCCGAGCUACCCACUGUUGAUGAGCGCCCUAUCAGGCGACGUCGCUCGCAUGUACCUUCGACUGUUAUUACAAGCGAGUUCAAGGUUGAGCAAAGCCGUGUCCGUGCUAAUUCCGCCGACACAAGACGGACCCAACAUUACCUAUUUUCUAACGAUCCUUGGCUAUCCUCACCGAAGCUUCAGCAACAAUUUGAAACCGAGGAUCGAGUGGUAGAAGACGAUACCCCUCCAGCUCCUGUACUAUCACGACCGUCAACCUUCCUCGGUGUAUCUGUUUCAGAUGAGCGACCUACAUCGAGUCAUGGCAGUGUUCACAGCACGAACCUUCGACAGUCACCAUUUGACAAAGAGCUCCCAGCACUUCCCCGUUAUCUGAUACCCGCACCACUCUACACAUGCAACGAAGCAUCAGCCAGCGGAAUACCAGCUGAUGAACUGGAAGACGAGUUCGAGGAAGCUGACGAUGACGAACGCCUUGACCACUUCAGCGUGCAAUUCCAGGAAAAGGCUCGCAGUCACUUUUCCACAUGGAGUAACGACUCCAUCGGCUACAACUCCCCAACCUCUUCCAACGAGGACGAUGAAGCCGUCUUCUCGCCAACCUUCAGCUCCCUCACCAGCAACGACAGCGACAUCGAUACUCCUCAAGGCCUCUUAAUCCGCUACUCGUAUGCCUCAGCCCAACAAGUACAAACCGAGGCCUCGAAACAUAUGUCCAUGACCCCCGAAAUUCAGAACAUCGACAACAACUACAAUUAUAAUGAUACUUCUUCCAAUGAUGAAGAAGAAGACGACCGUCAAUCCCCCUACCGUCUUUCGACCCCACCGCAACUAAAUGAACUCCGCAUCUCAACAUUCGGCUCUGAUCUCUUCAAAGUUGAGACUAGCGGGCAGCAUUCUGAUGCGGUCUCGUCGCGUCGGUCGUCGCGGCGCCAAGCUGCUUGUUUUGGACUUGGCUUCCAGUACAGUCUGCCCGAGCAGGACGUUGGGAGUAAGACUACCAUUGAAGAGCCUGUCGGAGGUAGUGAGCGUCUCGAGCCGACGGUCAGCGUGAGGAGAGAUAGGGAGAUAAGUGGUGUGCAUGCGCUUAUGGAAGAUUUCGCGUUUUUGGGUGACGCGGUUAUCUGA